AUUUCUGGGUAUUUUCUUGUUUGUCCUUUUACUUCAUUUCUUGUCUCGAGUAUAAAAACAACCUUUUCUUUCUCAUUUGUUUCUCUUUAAGUCAACCGUGUAUAGUACCAACUUGUUGUCCUGAAUCUUCUUCAACUACUAUGCUUUAAAUUUAGAUGCUAGGCCUUUUGGGGUUCUUCAACUUACUCCAAAGGCCAAGAAUAUGAGUCAGGAUUCCUUGUUUAGUAGUGGCCAAGAAUUGGCAAAUUUGGUGGUGAUCUCAGAUCUACUGCAUGAUUCUUGGGCUACAAUUUAUGACCUUAUUAGUCAUGCUUAUUUGAAUAAUCCAACAAACCCAGCUCCAAUUGCGUUCAAAGUUUAUUACCCAUAUAAUACAAAUGGUGCUAUUGUUGCUUUUGUAUCCUCCCCUACUUGUACUACCCUUCAUCAUCUUCAGAAAGAAAUGGUCUCUUCAGAAGAUCUUGAAGGUUCCCAACUUGAUUUUGACUUCAUUUCUACUAAGCUCAACCCUCAUUUCUCACUUCACAAAGAGGCAAUAGCCCUUUUUGCCUCAUUACUCAAUCAGCUCUCUGCCCUCAAACUACAGUUGGGCAGUUUCAGUCCGCUAAUAAUCACUGGACAUUCCUUGGGAGGUUCCGUGGCAUCUCUCUUCACUCUCUGGCUACUUGACAACAUUUCUCCAAAGGACAAUAAUAAGCGUCCCACUUGCAUCACUUUCGGUUCGCCUUUUCUUGGUGACAGGGGCUUCCAACAAGCCAUAUCAGAACGUCCAUCAUGGAAUUCAAGCUUUUUGCAUGUAGCCUCAAAUCAAGAUCCGAUCCCCAGAUUUUUAAUCUCACCUACUAAUGGCUUUUCUGGUUCUAUUCCUCAGUCUUGUGUUUACAAACCAUUUGGUACAUUUCUGCUGUGUUCAGAUUCAGACUGCUCUUGUUUUGAGGAACCUGAAUCAGUUUUGGAUCUUAUGAUGGUAAUGAACUCAAAUAGCCAACAACAGGACAGCGGUUUCUUGAUUUUCAAUUAUGGGCCGAUUCUGGAAUGCCUCAAGCGUAGAGUAAUCUGUAAGGGAACUUCUCAGCUGAGUGACUUUGGAGUGAAUCAACUUCAAGCAGGCAUCAUUCUACAGCUAGAAGCAAUUGGAAUUGGUGGGCAGCAGCAAACAAGUAACAUGAGCUUUCUUAGGAACAUGGAGGAAAGGGUGAAAGCAUCUUUCGCGAAGAAGACAAAUGCAUUUGAUCCCGGCAAGAAGCUAAGCAAAAUAAAAGAAGAUAUGGCUUAUCUAGAGUGGUACAAGAAGGCCACUUUGAAUGAAGGAGGCUACUAUAUUUGUUUCAAAGAGAGAGGGUCGGGAAGUAGGGAUGUGGUCAAAAGCAGAGAAGAAAUUGUCAAGCGCCACAGAAUCCUCACCAAGUACUGGAAAAGAAUGGUUGCAGAAGUGGAUAAACUGCCACAAAAAGAGGAAGCAGCUUUUCGUACUCGCUGGCUAUAUGGAGGGACGAACUAUAGAAGGAUGGUUGAACCACUUGAGAUAGCUGAAUACUACAUGAAAGGGAAUAGAGAUUAUGUAAAUCUUGGAAGAUCGGAGCACUAUAAACUGUUGGAGAAAUGGAUGAACGAAGACAAAAUAGGUGGAAUUGCUAAUGACAGAAGGAAAGCAGUUAGCCUCACUGAGGAUUCUUGCUUUUGGGCAUAUGUGGAGGAAGCGAUUAUAGCUUCCAAAGGAUUGAGAGAGGGCAGUUCAGAAGAGAAGGAAAAUUCAAGGAGGAAUUUGGUUAAUUUUGGGGAAUAUGUAAUGAGUUUAAUAAGGAGCUACUCAGUAUCCACUGAGAUUUUCCAGCCUCAGAGUACCUUCAUGAAGAAAUGGUGGCAAGAAUAUCGGCAAGAUAUUCUAAGUUCUUUGUAUAGUUGUCCUUUGACCUUUUACAUGGAAAAUGAAGAAUACAGAAGUUAUGCUUGAGCAAGACAAUGGUAUCUAGUUAGUAGCUCAUACUAAUCCACUGUAACCGAGCAUGACAUUAUCAUCAGUCGAUCUUGUAGUGUUAACUACUCUAGUAGCAUACCUAACAAGAUUGACAUGUGAGAAUGUUAAUAAACAUUUUCGUACAAGUCUAGUUCAUUUGAUUCUAAGAGCGGCUGGACAUGUAAGUUCUGUACUAUAUCCUGGACAGAUCAGUAAAUUUCAGAUGUAUAUAUAGUUGCUUCAUUUUCAGAAUCCAGAAUCUGUUGGAACGUCAA